AUGGAGAAUACCAAUGCAAGGAAUGUAGAUGAGUCAGAAUCUUCUAAUGCCAGAAUAGAUCGGUUAGAAAGAAUGGUGGAAGCUUUAACUGGGUUGAAAUACAAGAAACUGAAACCACCAGAAUUCGCUGGGGGUAUUGAACCAUUAAAAGCGGAGGCAUGGGUACUUGAAACUGAAAAGAUCUUUGAAGUGUUUCCGUGUAUUGAUGCGUAUAAAGUUUUGUUAGCAACAUUUACUUUGAAAGAAGAAGCUAGAAGAUGGUGGAUGCUCGUUCGAGAUGAGAAUAGGGAUUUGACAUGGGAUCGAUUCAAAGAAAUGUUUUAUGAAAAAUACUUCCUACAAUGCAUGCGAGAUAGGAAGGUAUCUGAAUUUGAACAGUUGAAGCAAGGUACAAUGUCGGUAGCGGAGUAUGAGGCUAAAUUUACUGAAUUAGCCCGUUAUGCUCCUCAUAUGGUUGAUACAGAUUACAAGAAGGCAAGGAAAUUUGAGGGUGGCUUACAUGUCGAGGUGCUUGACCGGGUGAAUGUUUUGAAAUUGGAAAAGUAUGUCGAUGUACUUGACAGAGCCUUGAUGUCUGAAGCAAAUAUUGCUACCUUGAAAAUGUCCAAGUCAACAAUAACGACUGAAGGAGAAAGUAAGAAAUUCAAGAAACAGAAAGUGGAAAUGGUUAGUGAAUCAAUGACCUCCGUGAAUGAGAAUUUGAACUCAAGUAUUGGUGAUAAUACAAAGAGGGGAAGUAGUGGAAGUGUUGGUAUACCCACUUGUAGGGAAUGUGGGAAGCAGCAUUGGGGCAUUUGCCGUCGCGUAUCUGGAGCUUGUUUCAAAUGUGGACAGAAGGGACACUUGGCCAAAUCUUGUCCACAAGCCUAUCCAAGCAAUGAGAGACCUGUUACUAGUGGGGUUAAAUCAACAAUGACACCGAGAACAGCCAGAACGUCUACUUCCGAAAGGAACACCUUGAGGCAAGGAAGGGUUUACACCCUAGUUUCAGAAAAGAUGCAGAAUAUUGGAACAGCGAAUGCAGGUAUGAUUUUCCUAUCUAUUGUUAUGUUGGUAAUGUUACCUAUGCGAUGGAAAUUAUUGAAUAUGUGA